ACAUACGACUGCAUCGCAAGCGAAAGUUAUUUGUAAAAUUCUUAAUUUUCCCCCUUUAUUAUUUUGUUUUCACCAUUAGUUUUCAACUUCUAUGUCCGAAAAGUGCAAUGGAGUUGAAACACACGAGAGUGAAACAGAGGCUAGUGAACCGAACAAUGGUGUACGCCAAUUUUCUAUUGCCGACGCUUCGAAAGAAAGUGUCUCGUUUAAAGAUGUUUUCAGAGGUUUCGCGAAGAGCCCUGUAGUCACACUGACACGGGCCGAUAUAUCGCCGUAUCUGAAGAAUAUGAGACAGAAAGCCGUUGAGAAAUCAGAGUUGCAGAAGUGUUUAUCGAAGUUGGAAUUUGCCGUGCAUUCUAGACGGCUGGGUGAUAAGUGCUCCAUCAGCGUUCUUCGUCACGAUCUUAACGAGCUCAAAAUGGCCUUCCAAAAGGAUCCUAACGAUCCCAUUUUUAAUUCAGCGUUGAAUAUAGCUAAGCUUAAAUGUAAGAUUUGCGAAAAAGUUUACUCGAGCGAGAAGAAGUUGCAGAAUCAUCAGGAGAACAAGCACAUGCUCGUGUACAAGGCACACGAGAAGACCCAGAAGCGCGUGUCGUUCUCCGACCAGGUGAUAGUGCACGAGGUCAAGGAGUACCACAAAUGUAGGAAGUGCACCAAGAUUUUCGAAGAGUAUAACCUCCUCAAACGCCAUAUGAAGCAAAGACACAAGAAACGUAAGUGUUACAUCUGCAAUUAUUGUAACAAAAACUUUGUUGAUAGGAUGUUUUUCAAAUUGCAUAUUAAAUUGCACUGUGACAUCUGCGGAGAUCUCUCGCCCAAUAGGUCUUCGUACAUUGAGCACCGACGGAGAGUGUGCAAGGUGUUGAAAUUUCACAAGUGUAAGACUUGUGAAGAGUCAUUUUUCAAAUUCAUGGAUUUGAAAGACCAUAGUUAUGAUCAUUUGCCAAUGACAUUUGUUUGUGACAUCUGUAAAGACCAGUUUCCAUCUAAAUGUGCAGUGGCACAUCAUAUUUCGUUCCUUCACUCUAAGGCUCGCCCAAAGUCCUUGUACAGUAUGCGCACACUAGGGAGUGAAAGAUUAUAUCUGUGCAACUUUUGUGAAGAGAGCUCAGUGGAGCGGGAUGAAGUAGAGAAACACGUAGCAUUGUUGCCGGACUUAACAAACCGUGCCAUGACAGGUUACAAAGACUACUAUUUCUGUGAUCAAUGUUUGAAAAAGUUUGAUGUUGAAACAGAUAUGCUUCAGCACAAAUGGACGCAUUUCCUGAAGACCAGUGACAACUCCCAGCUGCGGCCAAAUGUUGUAAAACCUAAAACAGACUUCCAGAGGUUUUACAAAGUAGAUGAGGUGCCCGAUCACAUGCAGCCGCAGGUUAUACUGGAGCGGAUUAAAGUAGGAGGGAAAGAGUUGACCGAUUCCGUUGACUUUGUGGACGUAAACUGCUUUGAUGAGUACACAGGGGAGAUUAAGAAACCCGUGGUAGAUCCCGUGUCGAAGAAGACUAUAAUAUCUAAACAUCAGUGUCAGAUAUGUGGAAAAUACUAUUCCACUAACUACUGCCUCAACCGCCACAUCGUCAGCAUGCACUCCGACUACGAGAACCUAAAAUGCAAAGUCUGCGAAGAGACCUUCGUCUGGCCAUCGCUCCUCCACAACCAUAAGUGUAUCCGACUCAACCUACCCGAGAUACCAUUUGAUGAUGCCAGACCCGAGAUUCACUUCGACAACUUAAAUGAGAUCCAACUCGAUGACUUACCGAUCACCGAUGAUGAUUAUAUACAUACAGUGGACUUUGAGAUACCCGCUCCGGUUGUGGAACUGAGGGAGUACAAUUGGGGGCAGAGUCAGAAUAUACAGAACUGUUAUAGUGGGUGCAAGAUUGUUAUGCAGGAGGUGCCCAUUGAGUUUUAACCUUUUCGAUGCUGCUGUCUUUUCAAAAGGACUUAUUUCUCUAGGAAGACAUAGAUAAAAAUAACCUCUGUUAACUUAAUCCUUUUGAAAAGACACUCCUCAAAUGAUAUAUCCGGAACAGUAUACAGGAACGACAAAGACGGUUUCAUACGCCAGUUUUGACACUUUGUGAAGUGAGUGACAGAAUUCGUGCUUAACACAACGUCGAAAAGGUUUAAUAGGUUUAUUGAUGAUUACGUAAAGUUUUUAAAGUUGGUCAAGCUUGACAGUUAUAGUAGAUGGCACAAUUGCCGCCAUAUUUUUGUUGUAGACUCCAUCUAAUCUAACUUUACACGGAAAAUAAAAGAACAAAAAAUUUAGAAGCGUUAUGAACGUUAUAGUUUCUUAGAAAUUAUAAUUUUAUUAUUAGUUAAUUACAAUUGCAAUUAUCUUGGUCCACAUUCAACUGAAUUAUCGAACGUCAAGUUUUGAUACGUAAUGUAUGGAGUUGUGCAGCGCCAUCUGCAAUAGCUUUCAAUAUGGAUUGGCCUUAGACUUUACUUAUCUUAUACAUGGUGUAACACGUAGAAUCAGAGACAUUUUAAGAGCGUAUCAUGUCAAUGACUAAAAUAAAAUGUCAUAUACUCGUAAAAAACCUAUCUGGAAUUCACGUAUGUGAAAAAGGACAAGUAACAGUUUGAAAAACUAGGUUUUACGAAAAAAUAGUUCCUGUUUCCUUAUUAUACGUUUUUCAAUGUACAUAUUGCUACUAAGUCAUCUUCCUUGCGUUAUACCGUCAUUUGCCACGGCUCAUGGGAGCCUGGGGUCCGCUUUGACAACUAAUCCCAAGAUUAGGCGUAGGCACUUUUUACGAAAGCGACUGCCAUCUGACC